UAUUGAGCUCGGAAAGAAAUAUCGUGAUAAAACAUUGGUAAGAUAUUGCAAACUAGGAACCUUGCGUGAUUUUAUUAGAAGGCUGCCGGCAGAUAUCGAUUUACGAGAAAAAAUAAAAUAAAAUAAAAGAGAUAACCCUAUGCGCAAGUUUGUUAUUUACGUUUGCGUACAAUUUUACUGUAUAGAUCUAAGCACCCAGUGAGGCAAGAAAAUGCUUGAAAUCACGUGCAACGAUCGUCUUGGAAAAAAAGUCAGAGUGAAAUGUAAUCCCGAUGACACGAUAGGAGAUCUGAAAAAGCUUAUAGCUGCGCAAACGGGAACCCAUUGGGAGAAAAUAGUCUUAAAAAAAUGGUACACCAUAUUCAAAGACCACAUCAAGUUGCAAGACUAUGAAAUACACGAUGGUAUGAAUUUGGAGUUGUAUUACCAGUGAAGAUAUGCACAUCUGAUAUUAAGAUAUAACGAGAUUGUACAAUAAUAAUAAUAAUAAAUUUAUCUAUAAACAGCAACAGGAUUAGGUACUA